CCGCGGCAGGAACCCGGAAGUGCGAGCCUGGUGAUGGCUGGGGAUCGGAAGGUGGAGCUCAGCGAGGCCCUGGCGCUGGAGCCCGGCUGGCGCCACGCUUGCCAUGCACUGCUCUACGCGCCCGACCCCCACAAGCUGUUCGGCCGCAUCCCGAAGCGCUUCGCAGUGCUGAUGCAGAUGCGCUUCGACGGGCGCCUAGGCUUCCCUGGCGGCUUCGUGGACGCGCAGGACAGCAGCCUGGAGGACGGGCUGAACCGUGAACUGCUCGAGGAGCUGGGCGACGCGGUGUCUGCCUUCCGUGUGGAGCGCUCCGACUACCGGAGCUCACACCUCGCGGCCAAACAGCGCGUGGUGGCCCAUUUCUAUGCCAAGCGUCUGACGCCGGAGCAGCUGCAGGCUGUGGAAACCAGGGCACCUCAAGCCAAGGACCACGGGCUGGAGGUGCUGGGCCUGGUGCGGGUGCCUCUGUACAUCCUGCGUGACGGUGUGGGAGGCUUGCCCACCUUCCUGGAGAAUUCCUUCAUUGGUGCUGCCCGGGAGCAGCUACUCGAUGCCCUUCUGGAUUUGGAACUUCUGGAUCCUGGCACUAUUGCAAACCUCAAGAUCCCAGCUUCUAAGUAGAGUCAAUCCACCAUGGACCCCUGAAACCCAAGAUGAGGGCUUUGGUAUAAGGGAAGGAUAAUGGGAGGCAUGGGCAAAUGUUUUCUCUUUGGGGACUGAGAGGUGAUAACUGAUAGAAGAUUAAAGACAGAUGUAUAUGCACUGUGUUUUCAAUAGAGGACCUGGUGUGAUGGCAUUGGGGAUAAAGGCUGUGGUUGUGUCUCAGAGCACUCCCUUACACGUGGAUCAAUAGCCUGAAGCUCCUGGUAUGCAUAUAUGCAGUCUGUGAUCGCACACAGCCUGGCAGUUUAACCUUGAUGUGGCGUCAGGCGCAUCCCACUCCUUCCUGCUAAAUGGGGGUGAGGUUCUUUCCCAUCUGCUUCAAGACUGUUGGUCAGGGUCCAGCCCAGACAAUUCUCGUUAGGGAAACAGAGGAGGGGGUUUCUUCCUGAGAAUGGCCCAGGGUAACCUGAGGCUUGAGCAAAGCUGUGGGUUGCAGAAAGUUGGGUAAGGCCCUAAUUAGCCCCGCACUCCUUUCUUCCCCAACUGCUGAGGGUUGGAAUGUGUCAAGGGCUUCUUGGGCUGAACCUAGACCUGGGACUUCGGUCCUGAUGCCUCUCUUCCAGCAUGUUCAUCUCUGAGCUUCAUUUGUUUCUGUCUAGAAUGCCCUGCCGUUUUUCAGACAUCCAGGAAGGCAGACUGAUACCUGGGGCUCUAAGCUCUCCGGUUCUUUCAACAGAUAUGGGUUAAUACCUUCUCAGUGGCAAGUAUGGUAACAGAAGUAAAAGCCCAUUACCUUUGUCUCCAGACUUCCAAGUGAGGAGUAGGCAUACCACAUCAUAAAUAAAUAGCACUAUUUAGUAAAUACUGUGAGCUUUUGUCAGCCAUGUGGUGCUCAGGAACCCUUUAACACUGUCAUGUCAAACUUACCUGCAUGAUAUAUAGUUUGUGUUAUUGUGUCCCAAUAAAAUACUAAUGGAAAAACA